AUGAAGGGAAAUAUAUUUAAUGUAGAAAUUAGCUCAUAAAGAUAGUAAUUCAAAUCUUGCCUUAUUUGUUUUAAGGAUUUUAGUGUAAUGUCAAAGGAACAUUAAUGCAAAAGGUAUGAAUAGUCUAUAUAAACGUAAGAUGUAAGAGAGCAGUUUGUGAUAAAUGUGCUUAAAAUAAAAUGAUUAUAUUAGGUUAUUCAAAAAGUAAAGAUCCUCACAGAGUUUGUAAUAUAUGUAAAUCCGAGUCAGAUAUGCUUAAAUAAUUUGUUCGAACGAAUAUGAUUUAAUUCAACAAGGAUUCUUUAGGAAUAGAAUGGCUUAAAAAUCUUGGAGUUGAAAUGAGAUAGAUUAAAGAAUAAUAUAGAGUAUAAGAAUAAAAUGAUGCCAUAGAAUAUAAUUAGUUUAUUAAUUAGUUAGAUUCGAUUUAUGAUGAGAUAGAUAAAAAAAUGAAUUAUUCAAUUAGAGACUUUAUUAGUUAAGUAGUAUAAAUAGAUAAAGGUUAAGUUUUAGGUUCUAUUUAAAAUGUGUUAGGAACUUUCCUCAAAAAUCAUCCAGAAAUAGGCUAUCAUCCUUGUCUUAUAUUUACAACUCUUAUCUUAUUAUGCUUAAGCUCUGAAGCUACAUCUUAUGGUUUACUCUAAAUAAUUUAUACACGAUUAAUUCCCAAAGCAAUGCAUUUUAGAAACCUUAGACUUGGAUACGACUUUAAGUCUGAGCUAAGUUUGAUGAUCAAAACAUUCCAUAAUUUGAAAAUUCCUACUGAACCUGUCAAACCAUUUCUUUAAGAAGUGGGACCUUAUAUAGUAUCAUUGACAAUAAAUGCAUUUGAAAUAUAAACAUCUUUAUUCAUGUUCUCUUAACUAUUUUAAGAGGAUGGAUUUAAUGAAUUUAUAAAAAUACUUGCUUGUGCUUUUAGUACUCAUCAAUUCAAAGAAACAAUAGAAAAAAAUAAAUUAUUUCUACUAUGGAAUAUCAAAGAUUAAUAGUUUCAAAAAUAUUAUUAUGAAAAUAAAAAAUUAAGUAGUGAUUCUAGUAUUAGUGUAAAAUCUAUUAGUUAAGUAGGGUAAUAAUAAGAAUUAGAAAAUAAAAUGAAUUAAUAAAUCAAUUUGAUUUAAUAAGAAAAUAAUUACUUAAAAUAAGAAAUUACUAUGGAUAAAAUUAAGAUUUCCAAAUAAAAAAUAGAAAUUGAUUAGUUAAAUGAUUAAAUAAUAAAUUUAUAGAAUGAACUCAAAAAUUUUUAAUUUCAAUAUCAAAAACUUGAAGAUGAAAACUCUAAUUUAUUAGAAUCAAACUAAAAUCUCAAAUUAUAAUUUAUGAAAUAAGAAAAAGCCAAUGAAUCUUCAACCUAUACUUUAUCAACUAAAAGGGAUUCAACAAAUUUAGAAAAUGAACUUUUGAAAUGCAAAUAAGAAAUAGAAGUCUUAAAACUGUAAAACUUUAAUCCUACUUAAAUGGCACAAUUAGUAAAAUUAAAAAAUGAAUAAAUUGCUAAAUUGACUUAAGAAAAAUCUGAAUUAGAAAAAAGAAUUGAAUAGUUUGAAGAACCAAAAAUUUCAAAAAGAACAACUUCUGUUGUCUAAAUUUGUAAUGUAAUAAAAGAUUUAGAGGAUGGAAAAAAUCUUCUUGAAAAAAAAAAUUAAGAAAUCUUAUAUUUAAAAAAAUAAAUUUAAGAAUUACAAUAAUAGAAAAAAUCAGAUCAAUUGAUGAUUUCAUCGCAUAAUUUAAUCGAAAACUCUUAAAUCACAUUUAAAAUUGAUAAUGAAGAUGAUUUAACAGAUGAUAUUCAUUUGUUAAUUUAAGAUUAAGAUCCUGCCAAAAAAAUAGCAGCUAGAAAUGUUAAAUAAUAAAUAAGCAAACUUAAUGAGGAUUUAAUUUAUUAUAAAACUUAAGCAAAAAUCAAUAAAGAAUAAAUUGAACGUUUUAGUUAAAAAAGUGAAUCCUUAUAAAAAUAAAUUGAUUAUUUGGUUGAAUAAAAUAAAGAGUUACAAAUUGAAAUAGAACAUAAAUAAGAUUUGAUUUUAGAACUUGAAAAAAAGAAAGUAAAAUAAACAAUUGUUCCAAGACCAUAAAUAGUUAAAGAGGAUAAACAAAUAUUAAAUGAAAAUAAUUAAAGUUGUGCAGCAAAUUUAAAAUGUAUGAUUUUCUGA